CGAAAGGCAAACAAGAUGGCUGCCGAAGAUCGAGCAUUCUACUUAGAACAUCAGGAAAUAGUAUAUGAGUCUGAUGAAGAUUACCAAUAUGAAGAGGUGCCUAUCGAUGAAGAUUUUGUUGAGUUAGAUGAUGAUCUUGAUGCUGCUGUUAGGACCAUACGAGAAUCACAAGAGGAUACCCAGGCAACGGAAAAGAAGAGUGCGCCUCCCCGAGCCUCGGUGUCCACCAAGCCGGAGGUGGUCGAUGACUUUGUCAGGAACUUCCUGGUGAAAAUGAAUUUGUACAAAACACUGGACUACUUUCAGACAGAAUGGUAUGAGCUCCAGCAGAAAGGAGAGCUGAAUGAGGAGGACAUUGGGGUGGUGCCGGACAUCUACACCAAGAACCAGCAGCUGGACAGUGAAGUAAAACACCUGAGGAAAGAAGUGGACAAAUACAAGGAGGCUGCCCUGAAAGCCAAAGACACUUAUGUCAAGUUGCGAAAAGAACGAGAUUAUCAUCGCAUGCACCACAAACGGGUCGUGCAAGAGAAGAACAAGCUUAUUACAGAUAUCAAAAGACUGAAGAAGCAUUACACUUCUUAUGAGCCGACUCUGAGACAACUAAAGCAGAAAUAUGAGGUGGCCAUGAAGGAAAAAAUGUUGACAAAGUUAGAGCGCGACCGUGCUAUGGGUCAGGUGACAGGCCUACAGAGCACGCUCAGAAACAUGGAGGCUUAUCGCGGGACCUCUGCUGAAAAAACGUCAGAGUUGAGUGCACGUUCCACCAGGCUGUGUGAGAAGGGGACAGUGCUGUACGUAGACAAGGAGGGCAGAGGACCCACACAGAGAGCAGUAGCAGAGGAGAGGAGAAGAUCUAAAACCAUGGAAGAGUCCCUGCCACCAACCAGCUCACAUCCUAAUGAUACCCCCUUCCCCCCCGACACUGGGGUCAACCCCUACCUGACCCAGGUCAAGGCACCCUCUGGACACUUGACCAGGACGGGAGGGUUCCGGCUGUCCACCACAUUCCAGGCCCAUUCUAACGCAGUCAGCAGCGUUGCUGUCCACCCUCGCAAGCAGAUCCUGGCGACCACCAGUGAUGACCACACCUGGAAGCUGUGGGCUAUUCCCAGUGGGGACAUCAUUAUGACAGGAGAGGGCCACACAGACUGGGUGUCCGACUGUGACUUCCACCCCUCGGGUGCCAAGCUGGCUACAGCCAGUGGAGACACCACAGUGAAGAUCUGGGACUUUGCCAAGGCAGAAUGUGUGCACACCUUUAUGGACCAUACCCACGCAGUGUGGGGCUGCUCUUGGCAUUCCUGUGGGGAUUUCCUGGCUACAUGCUCUAUGGAUAACACUUCUAAAGUCUGGGAUCUCAACAGUUUGCGUUGCCGGUUUACUCUGCGUGGCCAUGCUGACUCUGUGAACAGUAUCGAGUUCCUGCCAUUCUCCAACACUCUGGCCACGUGUUCCGCUGACAAGACUCUGUCACUGUGGGACGCCAGGACGGGAUUGUGUGCCCAGACCUUCUAUGGUCACAUGCACUCCAUCAACCACUGUGUCUUCAAUCUCAAGGGUGACACUAUUGCUUCAUGUGACUCGUAUGGCAUUAUUAAGUUGUGGGAUGUGCGCACUGUGGCACCCAUGACUACAAUAGACGUGGGACCCUACCCAGCUAAUAGGGUGGCCUUUGAUCCUUCAGGAAUGGUCCUAGCAAUUGGCAGCAAUGAUGCCACCAUAAAGAUGUAUGAAGUGGCCACUGGACAGAUCACGCCACUGGUGGGCCACGAAGAUGGUGUGCAGGGUCUGGUAUUUGACAAGAAAGGAGACUAUCUGGUGUCUGGAGGAAGUGACCUCACCGUCCGAAUAUGGUCCUAGUGAUAUUGACCAAUUAACAAAAAGGGCAAAGACAAUUCAAGUCACUUAAGAAAAAAAAGUAUCUUCUAUUUGAACAUUUAUUUUAUGAACUUUUGGGACUUGAUAAGUAGUUUGAUUUGCAAAAAGAAAACUGAUUGGGCUUGCAAAAAGAUAUUUAAUAUGUGGUAAAAAAAUUGUCCCUGUGGUCACAGGAGAUAAACAAUAAUUCAGAAGGGUGAGAACAUCAUUGCUAUUAAGAGGAAGAAAUGGAAAAAGAAAGAUGGCAAAGGAAAGGAUAGGGUUAAGUGUGCACCAACAUUUAGCUUUGGUCCA